AUCACAGGUCACUCUGACCUUCCUCCCGUCACCCUCUGCGGCAGUGCCCUGUAUACUGUGUGCUCACUGGCUCUGAAUGAGCCCCGGAGAUGGCGAGUGAGUGCCGGGUAACGGCAGCGCUGCUGCGGAUCCUGCGGGAGGAGAGGGGCUCUCUGACUCCGGACGCCAGAGCCGAGGCUGAGGAAGUUCUAAAGCAGGGACCGGGCGCCCGUGUGACGUUCAGUCUCCUGAGGAAGCUGCACUUCGUGUUGCAGGAAAGGGGUUCCCCUAUUUACCUGCAUGAGUUGCUGGAAGGCAGUGAGAUCCAAUUACCAGUGGUGGAGAUACCUGAGCGGAACCCAGAGCUUGUGGCUCGCCUGGAAAAGAUCAAAGCUAAGCUGGCAAAUGAGGAGUACAAGAGGAUCACCAGGAAUGUUAGUUGCCAGACCAGUCGGCAUGGAACCCUCUCCGACCUUGGCAGACAAGUAAGACCAUUAAAAACGAUCAUCAUUACAGUCUUCAACUUCUUUGUCACAGUUGCAGCUGCAUUUGCGUGCACUUAUAUUGGAAGCCAGUAUGUCUUCACAGAGGCAACUGCGCGGGUGCUAUCCUCUGUCAUUGUGGCAUCGUUAGUGGGAUUGGCAGAGCUGUAUGUGCUUGUCCGGACCAUGGAGGGGCAACUCGGAGAAUUUUAGCACAUAUUUUGGGAAUUCCUGUAGAAAUAUCUCCUACUACAUGUCUUAUGCUUCCUGCUUAAUGCAUUCCUGGUGAUUGCAGGAGCACUUCCCACUACAAAAGCAGAUGCCAAUUUUUGGCUCAUUUACCCAUUACUGCAAAACAAAAACAAAAAUUCAUGCUUUUACUAAGUAAUUUUUUUUUUGUAUAUGUGACCCUAGUAGAAGCAUGUAUGUUGGUAUGCAAAUUGAAACCAUCACUUCCAAUGACCCCCUAUCCACUUGCACUGAUUUUUUUUUUAUUUAAUAAAUGUAUGCUGUCUUUUAGUGUGUCCAUUACCAGUGAACGUACUGGGGUCAGUUCUUUAUUGACUCUACUUCGCCCCCGUUACCAUUGCCAAUGUCAAGAUCACUGGGUAACCAAUAAUCUAUUUUGUGUCGCUAAAAAUGCAAUCAAAUCUAAAUCUAUUGUUUUUAAAAAUAUACCUGCAGUUGCUUUCUUUGUACAUAGUAGCAAUCUGUCUCAGUGGCUUUUCCCUUUUUACUGAGCUGCAGACAAUAGGUUGCUGCAUUAUCACUAGUUAGAUCAUAGCAUUGUUAGAGUAAAACUAGGGCGCACACACUGCGAUAUCAACAUUGAUUGCAGGCAAUUGGGCAGAUAUUGUAGUAUGUGUAGCCUCAAAAUGAGUGCAGUGCUGGAUAACAGAUUGGAAAUGAUUGGAUAAUAAUCCGGCAUGUUGGUAAAAGCUGUUAGAUGUUGGGCAGUAUCGGCCUGCGUGUCGUCUUCUGAUCUCUCCCAACAGACCCCAGUGAUGCCAAGAGAACCAGCCAAUAACCAUAUCCAUGAUGACGCGUUAGUCUGUGUAUAACUGGUAUUAGCAAAUGAGCCAAGCAAGAGUUAUCGCCAAGUGGUUCCUGACUGCUUGCAAGGCUGUUAGUGAAGUUAAGCGACAACGGAUAGGUAGCAAGUCUGAAUAACCCUAAAAAAAACAUGACUUGAAAGUCUAUAUUUGUAACACAAUUUAAAGAAAUAUUAGCCACCAAUGUGCGCUGUUAAUAACAUCCAGAGCAGCUGGGUAUCAACUCAAAUGGUAUUCAUCAAGUACCAGAAAUACAAUUUUAAGCAAAACAGUGAGUGAUUUACCCUGCGCUUAGCUGUUAAAACAUGUGUACAUAUUUCACCCCCGUGAAAAAAUAAAAUAUUCCACACACAUAAAAAAAGUCAAAAACAAUACUGAGCUUUUUAGUGCAGCGUUCUUUACACCAAAGGUAAUAUUAAAGCCGAUACCUUUGGUGUAAAGAACGCUGCACUAUUAUUAUUUUACGUGCUCAUUCCCCCCAUGUUGUUUGAACACUGUGGGGAGGAGCGCUUCUGUUGUUUUAGGUCUAAAAAGGAGUGGACCCGCAACACUGAGGGAAAAAAAGCUGUGAUAAGAAUCUGUAUUACCUGCCCAAAAAAAAGCUCAGUAUUGUUUUUGACUUAUAUUUGUAACACAUCAGAAAUAACCAUAUUGAAGGGUUUUGUAAAACAAACAUAUAAGGAACAAGUACCAUUCCAAACAUACGCAGCGUAAUUAAGAAUGUCAGUGGAUAUCGCUAGAGCUGGAAAGCAUAACUGCUAAUAUCACGCCCGUUUUACACAUGUUAUUCUAAAGGUUUGUUAUAUGUAUCUAAAACAGUUAGGACAUCCUAUGGUUCCAUAACUAUUACUGAACUACAAAUCCCAGCAAGCGUUGCCACCUGGUUGCCUACUUUUUCUAUAUUAUGAGGUUGAAGAAAAGGUGAUUAUUAGCGCAUCUAGUUGGGAUUUUGUAUGUUUCCUGUUACAUAGUUUCUCUGUUUAGCUUUAGAUUUUUGUUUGUCUUCUAUUUAUUUGUAUUUCUGAGACUGUACAUGUCAAGUCCUUGCACUGUUCAUUUGAAUUACAAAAUGACCAAAAUUAACUCUUUAUUAAUAAUAAUAA